UGAACGUUUCAAUUUGCACAUCUGUCUGUGUUCAAGCGGCCGGAGUCAGGACCUGCUCCCUACUGGUGACACUGCAGCCGCAACACCUCUCAAGGAAGCGGGACAUUUUUCCUCUUAAUGAGACAAAUUAUAUCCUUCGGACGGAGGCUGCCACAUCAGAAGAUCUGAGUUUUACAGAUGAGAGGAACAGAGAUGCUCUGCCUACGUGACUCAGGCGACUGCUUACGGGAGCAGAUGCAGUAUAUGAUGAGAUCACUGCAAGACCUGAAACAACUACGGAAAACCUGUCCUGCAGCCAGACGUCCCCUCGCUCCCAUCAGCACCCAACUCCCGGCUUUAGUGCGCCACUCUGCGGUGGCACGAGCUUGUCAGCAGCGAGCACUGCAACGAGAACAGCGCACACGCCUGCGGAUGUCUGACGCCAGCACGGCCAGCACCUAUGACUCCGCCUGCUGCCUGGCGAGUCCUCUGGAGGAGGAGGAGGAUUCGAGCAGCCGGCUGGGCCUGAGCUUCAGACUGGGCCUGGGCUCUCCCAGCAGCCAGAAAAGUUUGGAGUUUGAUUCAGGCUACUCUGAGGCAUCAUGGCAGGAUGAAGGGGUGGUUCUCAGGAGGACGAGAAAUGUGCGGGUGUCAUCUUCAGCCUGCCUCCGCACAAACAGAGCACCAAGUGGACGUAUUCGACCCAAAUCCACCUCUGACGCCUGUCUGGAGAGGUGGACGUCGUUUGAGGUCAGCGACCCAGAGGACUGGACAAACUCUUUAUUGACCAGAGGACGCAACCGCCAGCCUCUGGUUCUGGGCGACAACAGCUUCGCAGACCUCAUCCAGAACUGGAUGGACUUGCCAGAUUUCCCUGAGCCCACUGAGCUGAAGCCAAAUUCAAGGCGUAGACUGGGAAGAGGUUUCUUUGUCAACAUGAGGAGGAAACUGGCUGGGUUUUCUAAGAGCGUGGAGGACAGGGUGAGGGUGAGAUCCACAGACUCUGCUCAUGUCAACAGAGCUGCAAAUGCUCCAAAACGUCUGUCCUGUCCUGUCGUGGCAUCGCAGCCCAAAGUCCCUUUUUUCCACCAGUCUCACUCAGGUAUUAAUGAGCUGGACACUGAUUUUCACCACUUUGCAGCCCUCAUGAAAUCAGGUAGCCGACAGCCCAUAAUCUGCAAAGAUAUCAUCGGCUACGUCUGACUCUUCAUGUAAAGCCAUGUACAGACUGGACAAUCCUCAGAGUCACUUUAUUUUUAUGACUGUUUUUUCACUUUUUAUAUGUUGUGACUAAUGGAAAUAAAGAUGUUAUCAUAAUUUAAA